UCCAGUCUCGCGGUGUCCUGCGAUGCAAUUAUAGCCAUGAAGGACGUUGUGUGUUUGACCAGCUUAUUUAUAGUGAUAUCAGUUCCAAUUUCCACCGGUUCGGUGUUGGAUAACCUACAUUAUGUCGGCUGCUUUGACAUUGGCUUCUCUCUCAACCAACGCUAUGGACAUCAGCUGUCUCCUGCGACAUUGAGUAAAUGUGUCGAGUACUGCCAGGUUCUAAAGACACGGUUUGCAGGAGUGGAACUCAGUGAACGCACGUGUUACUGCGGACCUGACAUUGGCGAAGGUUCUCCCAGGAGAAAUGACUCGCUUUGUAACGUGGAAUGCCCUGACGACACACUCCGAACAUGUGGAGGCGAUUGGUUACUAUCCCUGUAUGAUAUUGGGAGAGCUAGCCCUACUGAUGGUGCUGACAAAAUAGAUUUUUUGAUGGGGCUCAGCGAUGGGAUAAGAUUAUACCAUUAUAACCUUAUGAACAAUUAUGACGUUCUUAAGCAAACAAGUGAAUGGGUCUAUUCUGUGGAUUACCACCUUUCAAAAAAUGUAUUGUUUUUUCAUACAAAACAACAGCUGUUUAGGACCAGUAUGCAGCAACAAAAUAAAGCUCCUGUCUUGGUGAAGAACCUGACUAACUGUGAGGGAUUUGCUGUCGACUGGGUCAACGAUCGUGUCUUCUGGACGUUCUGCAAGUCAAACGGGUCAGCCAUUGUAUCUGCAGGCCUCGAGGGUGAAGAUGAGAAGAUAAUCCUGCCACCCUCCAAACUUGGAGAGAAAGUCGUUAAAAGGAUGGAAGUAGAUCCUUAUAAGGGGAUUGUGGUCUGGUUGGCCAAUGGUGUGAUACAAUCAUGUGACCUCCUUGGAGGGAGCUUCAACUCCAACCUGACCGCACCGGAGAUGACAGUGCGAGGGUUCGCGUUGGAUCGGAGGAUGCGGAGAAUCUACUAUGUUGGUGCGAUUAACCAAAGCUCCUUGUACAGCAUGGACUACGACGGUGAAGACAAAGUACUUAUUACUUCUAUUGCACAAUUCCGGAGCGUCUACGGUUUAUCAGUCCUUGGAGAACGGAUAUUCUGGGUCAACUAUGCCAAUGUAAGGGAUAUUCUAUAUGAAGCCCCUCUGAACUUAACCCGAGCAGAAGAUGUCAACAUGCUUCACAUCGUUGAGAGGGGAGUCUGGCACAUGAGGGUGGUGCAUCCCCUACUUCAGUCUCGGCCGAAGAUCCACCCUUGCGAGGACAAGAACUGUUCUUACGAUUGUGCCAUUAGAAGCAACCGUAAGAGGCUUUGGGCGUACUGCAAAUGUCCACCAGGACAAGAACUUAACUCUGACAAUGUUUCCUGCCAUGUGCUGGAAAAGGCGCGCCUUACCAGUUCUGGAGUUGCUGCUUCGCUGGUCAUUGCCGUCCUGCUGAUCAUAGGAGUCCUAGCAUCAGCACUAGGGAUGGUAUACCUGCUGGAUAAGUAUUGGGGACUCCUGGAGAGUAAACUAAGGGACGUCCCUUACUCCAGGAACUACGGGAAGGAACAACAGGAAGGGACUGGAACAUCAGAAUACCACACGGGGGAGGACAACGUAAACCUCAUAUAACAGGAAUAUAAUAAUGUGAAAACUAAAAAAAAGACUAUGUAAAAUAAAGUAUUUGAUGUGCAAUAUUCUAGGUUAUGUUAUAAACGGUGACAAUAUGUAAGAAUAGGUAAAAAAAUUCAAGUGUGAAUAGGAAAACAUUUAGUUGUAUUGAAAGUAAUAUCUUUUAGAUCGAUUUGUAUAAUAUACGUGAUAAGAAAGAAAUCAUGCUCAAUUGUUGAAGUGUGCGAUCGAAUAAAUUCUAUGACAGAG